UUGGCCCAGGCCGCCGGGUCUGUUGACGAGGUGCAGCAGCGGGUCGUCGCCUGCCGCGCCUGCCCUCGCCUCGUGGAAUGGCGGGAGGAAACCGCCCGCGUCAAGCGGCGGAUGUACCGGGACGAGGACUACUGGGGGCGCCCGCUCGCGGCUUUGGGCGACCCGGCGGCGCGGCUGCUCAUCGUGGGUUUGGCACCGGCAGCCCACGGCGGCAACCGCACCGGCCGGAUGUUCACCGGGGAUCGCAGCGGCGACUGGCUGUUCGGCGCCCUGCAUCGCGCCGGUUUCGCCAACCAGCCCGAGUCGGUACGUCCGGGCGAUGGCCUGGAGCUCCACGGCGCGCUGAUCACGGCGGCGGCACGCUGCGCUCCGCCAGCUAACAAGCCGACCCGCGAGGAACUGGCCACCUGCCAGCCGUACAUCGUCCGCGAAAUCGAACUGCUCGCCGACCUUCGAGCGGUGGUAGCCCUGGGCCGCAUUGCCUUCGAUGCUUUCCUGCGUUCCUACGCCGCCGCCGGCCGGACACCACCGGAUCGCAAGCCGCCCUUCGGUCACGACGUGGCGACGCUGCUCCCAGAUGGCGGGCCCCUGCUAAUCGCCUGCUACCACCCCAGCCAGCAGAACACCCAGACCGGCCGGCUGACCGAGCCGAUGCUGGACGCCGUGUUCGCCCGGGCGCGGGAUGCCUGCGGUUUCUGA